UCUCCACGAACAACAUGUCAGCCUCCCAAAUGGCCAUAGGAAAUUCUCUCAAGAGAGGUCUUUUCACACAGGGAAACGAACUGACGUGGAAAUCACCUGGCGAGGUUAAUUUCCAUGGGUUAAUUAGCAAGUAGCUACUAAACUAGCCCUUACAUGUUGGUCAGGUACUUGAGACGAGAUCUUCUGCGGAGCCCACUUCUGAUCGGUUAGUUUGUAACACGUAACCAAGCGUGACGCGCUCUCACUCACUCACUAUGGCGUGGCGCGAGCUUGCAUAAAUAGUCACCGAAUCGACCGCGCAAUUCUUUUCUUCGGAUCGAAUCGAACGCCGACCCGAGUAAGGCGAUCGCGCGGCGGCUGACCUUCCCCGCCGCCCACCGUCGAAGACAUGGACACCGAGUACCGCGCCUUGCAGCAGGGGAGCCCCUCGCCGUGGCGCACGGCGGACGGCGUGUCGUCGUGGGGACCCGCGCAGCACCAGAAGCGACAGCGAUGCCAGGGUUCUUCAAGCGAUCAAGCUGGUUCCAGCUCAAGUAGUUCUCUGCAAAUUUCAGAACCUGAACCACAACAAAACCAAGAAGAAGAUUACUAUGUGGAGGAUGAUUGUGAUGCCUAUGAUGAAGAUGAUUAUGACUUUGAUGAAGCUGAAUUUAACCUGCACCUUGCUGAUAAAUUUGAUGAUUUGGAUCUUCCUCCAGGCGUGGAGGCUAAUGUACCAUGGCUGCAAAAAAUUCCACCCAAGGAAGUAGUCAAGCAGCCACCUAUAUCAAUUACUGCAGACGAGAAUGCUAAUAAAUAUGACAAGUUCAAACAGUUUGAUACUGUUCAGACAUUCUCUGACCAUCACUAUGCUAAGAAUUCUCAUGAAGAGCCAACCAGAGCCUGGUCAAAGAGAGUUCAACAUGACUGGAAACUUUUGGAGAAUGAUCUACCAGGCUUUCAUGAGGUGGUGGCAAAUUCCUGGAACCAGCCACUUCAUAAUUGCGGGCAUCUGGAGAGGAUCUCUCUAAAGCUCAAGAGACUAACAAGAGCACUGCAGUCUUGGGGGCACAAAACAGUGGGCAACUUUAAAUACCAACUGGGCUUAGCAAGGGAGAUUUUACACAGACUGGAAAUGGCUCAAGACAGCAGGGUAUUAUCUCCAGAUGAAUUAUGGCUGCUGAGAAAGCUCAAGCAUCAGUGCCUGGUCCUUGCUUCCCUGGAAAGAACGGUUGCAAGACUCAGAUCUAGAGUUCAGUACCUGAAAGAGGGAGAUGCCAACACCUCUUUCUUCCAUUUGCAGGCCUGCUUCCGCAAGAAGAGAAAUCAUAUCUUCAGCUUACUGGAUGAGGAAAGAGUGGUCACAUCUCAUGAGCAAAAACAAGAGGUGCUGCAUAAUUUCUACUCUAAUUUGUUGGGGUAUGCCCCCCAGAGGAGGUUAACUUUGAGAUUAGAAGAGUGUCACAGAGCUCCAAUUGAUUUAUCUGCUCUUGAGCUUCCCUUUUCAGAAGAAGAAGUUUGGGAUGCCAUUGCCAGUCUUCCUUCAGAUAAAGCGCCUGGGCCAGAUGGAUACACAGGGAAAUUCUAUAAAACUUGUUGGCCUAUACUUAAGGCAGAUUUGAUGGCCGCCCUUGCUGCCCUUCACCUUGGGAAUUCUCAGAAUUUGGGACCUCUAAACACAGCAUAUAUUACUUUGAUCCCUAAGAAGACAGGAGCCAUGUCUGCUGGUGAUUACAGGCCCAUCAGCCUCAUCCACAGCUUUGCAAAACUCUCCACGAAGAUCCUUGCUAACAGGCUUGCUCCUCUUCUCAACAAGAUGGUAGAGACUAAUCAGAGUGCUUUUGUUAGAGGCAGAUCCAUUCAUGACAAUUAUAUGUUGGUUCAGCACUCAAUUAAAUCCCUGCACAGGAAAAAAGUGGCCAGCCUUUUUCUGAAAUUAGAUUUAACAAAGGCAUUUGAUUCUGUUUCCUGGGCUUUCCUUCUUGAGGUGUUGACCCACCUUGGCUUCGGUAUUAAGUGGAGGAAUCUUGUCUCCAACCUUCUGGCCACUUCUUCAACUCUAAUUUUAUUAAAUGGGUUUCCAGGGGAACAGAUCAGGCAUCGCAGAGGCUUGAGGCAAGGGGACCCCCUCUCCCCAAUGCUCUUUGUCCUGGUGAUGGAUGUUCUCAGCAGCCUUUUCAAAGUGGCAGAAGAAAAAGAAUUAUUGGCCAGUCUGGACAGUGCCAUUGUGAAGUCUAGAUUAUCUCUUUAUGCAGAUGAUGUAGUGCUGUUUGUUAAGCCCAGGGAGGAAGAUCUAAACUGUGUCAAACUCAUUCUUGACUGUUUUGGUGAAGCUUCUGGCCUUGUAGCUAAUUUGCACAAGAGUUGUGCCAUCCCAAUAAGAUGUGAAGUGGAAUUACUGCAUGAAGGGUGUAACAUUCUGCAAUGCACCCCCUCUUCCUUCCCUUGCACUUACUUGGGGCUGCCUAUAUCAGAUAAGAAGCUUAGCAGGAAUAUUUUGAUGAACUGGGUUGUGCGCUUUGUACUUUCAGCCAUCCCAGUUUACCUUUUCCUUGCUAUGAAUGUCCCUAAGUGGGUGAUUAACAAAAUUGAUAAAAUCAGAAAAGGAUUUGUGUGGAGAGGGAGAAAAGAGGUUAAUGGCGGCAGCUGCCUUGUGGCCUGGGAUUCAGUCACAAGACCUUUGAAGUAUGGUGGGCUUGGGAUUCCUAAUUUACAACACAUGUGUUGGGCUCUCCAAACCAAAUGGUUGUGGCUUCAAAAAACAGAUCAGAGCAGACCUUGGCAUGGAUUGACUAUUCCCAUUCAGCAACCUGUUAAAGAUCUAUUUGCAGCAUCCCUGAUUUCCUAUGUGGGAAAUGGCUCUAAUACCUUAUUCUGGACAGAUAAGUGGCUUAAUGGAUGCUCCAUCAGAGACCUUGCUCCAGAAGUGGCGUCCAAGGUGUCUAAACGAGCUCUCACCUCAUUGACAGUGAGUCAGGCUCUUAUGAACAGGCAAUGGAUAGCUCAUAUCAAAACCCCCCUUUCCUUGAUUGGAAUUCAACAAUUUCUUUUCUUAUGGGAUACUUUAGGGGAAGUGCAGCUUUCUCAGGAGGAAGACCGCCAUGUUUGGAGGCACGAGGCAUCAGGGCUGUUCUCUUCUAAAUCCUGCUACAAAGUCCUUCUCUUUGGUUCUACUGUUUUUGAGCCUUGGAAGAGAUUAUGGAAGACCUGGGCUCCUCCUAAAUGCAAAUUCUUCCUUUGGUUGGCAAUAAGGAACAAAUGUUGGACAGCCGACAUAUUACAGUUGAGGGGAAUGCCACACCCAGAUGUUUGCCCUAUGUGUGAUCAGGCCCAAGAGACAAUUCAGCACCUCCUUACUGCGUGCAUUUUUGCACGGCAAUUUUGGCACACAAUUCUUGCUGCUAUUGGCUUGGGGCACCUCACUCCAACAGCUGAUGAAGAGAAUUUUGCAGACUGGUGGGGAAAGGCAAGCCACAAGGUUGUCAAGACCAGAAAAAAGGGGCUUAACUCUCUGAUCAUCCUGGUGGCUUGGUGUCUAUGGCUUCAGAGAAACAGAGCAGUUUUCCAUGGGGAGUCACCCUCAUUACCCAGGAUUUUCCGGUGUUUCUCGGAUGAGUACGUUUGCUGGGUAAUGGCAGGAGCUAAGGAGUUUGGGGGCUUGGGCUCAGUUGCUGCCCUGGGCGUGGUCGGGUCGAGUUCCAGCAACAAUCUGUAAUCUCCUUAGGGUUUAUUUGGGAGAGUUGCUCUGCAACUUCUCUAUUGUAAUGUCUUUUUUUCCUCUCUAAUAUAUAAGAUGCGCAGUUCUCCUGCGGUUUUUCUUAAAAAAAAAAGUUAUACCAACAAACAUUACAGGCAAAAUCAACAUUGGAAAUGUUCUCUUCAUGUGUGGCCACACCUACAGCUGAUCAGCUGGUGGCCACACUUGCUUCCUAAGACCAGGCUACCUUUCAAGUUACCAAAAAUUCAAUUAGGUGGAAGAAGUGAUAAGCUUGCUAUAAUAAUCUUGUUGAGUUAUUUUGAACUAUAUUUAUCUGGAAGGGCCUGUAUCUAUCCUCAUGAUCAUUCAUCAUUGUGUGCUAUACUCUUAUUUUUGUUAAGCAAUUAAACUUGAGUGUAAUGCACUCAUUUCAUU